ACGGCGCGUCAUGCUAAAGACAUUUGUAUACAAGAAGAAACGUAAGAAAUACAUAAAGUGAAAAUCAUGGCGGACUCGGCUGGAAAUUGGUGUCUCAUUGAGAGUGAUCCUGGUGUAUUUACUGAAUUAAUUAAAGAAUUUGGAGUCAAGGGUGCUCAAGUUGAAGAAUUAUGGAGCUUGGACGACGAACAGUUUGAGAACUUAAAGCCGAUUCAUGGAUUAAUCUUUUUGUUCAAAUGGGUACAGGACGAUGAACCUUCAGGAAGUAUUGUACAGGACAGUAGACUCGAUAAGAUAUUCUUUGCCAAACAGGUGAUAAAUAAUGCUUGUGCAACACAAGCAAUAUUGAGUGUCCUGUUAAAUUGCAAACAUGCAGACAUAUCUCUUGGUCCAAAUUUAGAAGAAUUUAAGAAUUUUUGUCAAAGUUUUGAUGCUAAUAUGCGGGGUUUGGCUCUGAGUAAUUCUGAUAUUAUUAGAGAGGUUCAUAACUCAUUCUCUAGGCAAACACUUUUUGAGUAUGAUUCUAGACAGGCAUCCAAAGACGAGGAUGUUUUUCAUUUUGUAAGCUAUGUACCAAUCGAUGGUCGCUUAUAUGAAUUAGAUGGAUUAAAAGAGGGUCCGAUGGAUCUAGGCCCUUGUCCACCAGGAGAUCAAUGGGUGCAAGCAGCAAAACCAAUUAUUCAAAAAAGAAUCAACAAGUAUAACGAAGGAGAAAUUCAUUUUAAUCUGAUGGCUUUGGUCACAGAUAGAAAGACACUUUAUGAACGACAGAAGGCAACGAUUUGUGAUCCAGCAGAACUUGCCAGAUUGCAAACGCUCAUUGAAGAGGAAAUUGGGAAAUCGAAAAGAUAUCAGAUUGAAAAUAUACGACGAAAGCAUAAUUAUCUUCCACUGAUAAUGGAAUUGCUUAAAGUACUUGCCAAGGAGGGUAAACUGGUGCCACUUUAUCAAAAGGCAAAGGAAAGGGCUAUUGAGAAGGAAUCAAAAAAGAGUAAAGUGUGAAACGAUUAGAUUCCAAUUCUCUGGAAAUAUGAAGUACAAUAGCUGCAACACAUAUUUCACAAAGUUUCCAUACUACAACAGAUUAUAAUAUGCAAACGCAUGCUUCUUUACCUCGGAAAGAAUAUUGUGCGCAUUCAAAAAGAAAAAACAAAAUGAAAAUACAAUUAUUUACUUAAA